UUUGGAUCUAUGAGCACUUUCCGACUUUGGCGCCGGAGCGUACUAGAGAUGCGGCUUACCCGUAUGCUGCCUCUUGGAUAGGAGCAGUGCGUCCCUGGCGGCUUCUCGCAGAGCUUGGAGAGUUUUGCCUGCUGAUAGGGUGGUAUGGCGUCCUUUUGCCAACGCGGUUGUACCUGCCUCAGCUGCUCGUGCCCAUUUCCUGUCUGGGCGGCGGGUUUUGCUUCCAGGGCUGUACCGCCAUAUGUGGUAUCUGGGGGAGCGAGUGUCCCCUCGACACCAUUCAGGGGAUAGGCUUGUCCCCAAAGAUCCGCCGGAGUCCAUGCUGGCGUUGGAUGAAGAGUUGGCCCGGCUCUAUGCGGAGGCUAGGGGCGAGGCCGUUUGCCGCUCUUGGAGAGAGUUUGUACACAGGAAGGGGAGCUAUGACGACUUCCUGAGGAGGCUGGCUCCACCAAUACGCUACGUACUGCCGGAGGAGGAGGUUGAUCCUGAGGACAUUCCUCAUGCUGAUAGGAUCCUCCGCUAUGAGAACUCGGACGGGGAAGAGGUGGUGGAGACCAUUCCUUGGGCUUCUCCUCCGCACCGGAAAUCAUAUGAUGCUGUAACUGAGCAUUACGCCCCUGCGCCUCGGGCGAGAGUGCGUCGCUGGAUGCUCUUGCUUGAUUCUUGGAAGAGGCAGUGCGCCAAGCUGACCCGGAAGCUUUCUGGCCGGAACAUAGAGGAGCGCCGUAGGGACUCUGUUGACAGGGAGCCUCAGGCGGAGACGUCCUUGGGACGAGAGGGACCGAGCUUGGAGCUGGGACAGGGGUCCGGUGCUGGUGCUCAUCAGAGGCAUUCUGAUGUUGAGUGGAGAGCUUCCCCUUUUGUACAUGUUGACCACACCAGGCAUUCAUUCGAGGUGCUAGCGGUUCACGACCCUUUGUUCCUCCUUCCGGCUAUUACUUCGGAGGAAGUGGUCCUCAUCCUUGGGGUGCGGGUUUAUGGGCUUGCUACGCGGAGAUGGAUAGGAUGCGCCAGGCUCAGAUGUUUGGGUCGUACCCGUAUAUGCCGAUGCCGCCGCCUUAUCAGUAUUCCUCUCCUUAGCAGGGAGUUCAUCCCUCCACUGGCACACUUCGUAUUUCGAAGCAGGAUCCUAGUACCCCUGGGACGGAGCUGGAUCAGGAGCUGGAGCGCUUUAGGAGGCGUAACAGGGACAAGGGGCCUGUGGUUGAUAUCACUGCUGAUGAUGACUCAGACUGAUCCUGCAUGGUAGCGAGUUCCAGCUUGCCUUGGUUGAUUUUGUAUAGGUUGUGUUUGUAUGGCUUGAAACUUGAAUUUUUUUUUGUGUGGUUUGUAUGGUUUUGAACUUGAAUUGGUUUGUAAAAUUUGAAGAUUGGCUUUUGCAUGUCUGAAUGCUUGAAAUUGUAU